AUGAGUGACAACAUCUACUUUCCUACCUUCGCAGGGGAAGGGCUAGACUUUUCUGGAACACCAGGGCCUGGACCAUCCUAUUUCCAGGAGAAGAGGCAGUACACCCUCGACCCGACAAUCACCGCGCUAGAUGCAGAGGGUGUUGCGUUUCAUUCCCAGGAACCAGAGGUGCAGACGGCCAACCAAUCCUUCAGCUGCCCCUACAGGAAGCGCAAUCCUUGGAUGUUCAACGUUCGCGAUCAUCACAUCUGUGCCACUCAUUCGUUCCCCACCAUCGCCCUCUUGAAGCAAGUCCACUUCUUGUAUAACACCUCAUUCGCUCCCUCAACUAAAACAAAGUCUAGGCGUCACAUCGUGUCCAAGCACCAAUCAAAGGAUUUUACCUAUUCCUGUAACAACUGCGGCAUUCCUUUUCGGGCGGAUCUUGAUCGGCAGCUGCACCAGGAAUCGGGGCUUUGCUUCAGGCACCGCACGUGCUACUCUGAUGAGUAUGACAACGGUAUCACUGAGGACAUGCAUCGGAGGCUCCGCGAUCGCGGGUCCAGGAACGGUGUUUCUGACUGGAGUACGCUUUGGAUGACCAUUUUCCCAGAAAGCGAUCAUAUUCCGAGUCCCGAGUUCGUCCCGGUUGUCGAAGCCCACGAGACUUGGUGCCACUUCUUCCAGCGACUCCGAGAACACAGUUGUUCCAUGUCCGCAGAGCUCAUGAUGCAAGAUGCCCGUGUGCAUCUUCAGAUGCUCAUCAGCCAAGGGCAAAGCUUUCUUGCUGCGCUUGGAAGUACUAUACGUUGGAUCGGUUGCUUUAUCUCCAACGUUACACAGAGGUCGAGGAUGGGGAGACCGCAGUGGUUGGAUGAGGCACUGCGAUUCAGCAUGAACACGGGGAAUUGA